UGGAGUUUUACGAAUUUAUCAAUCGCAUAAUACAAAGCAAUCUUUCCAGCGAUAUAGAAUUUGAGCAAAUUGAAAGUUGAUUCCUGAAUAAUGUACAAUUAUUAAUUCUUUUCACUAUUUAUUUUUGGAAUACAUACUGUGAUUAUUGGUGGGAAUCUCAAGCGAAAAAGCGAUCGAAGACCAUUAAGAUAAAUGUGUAUAAACAUAAAAUUCUCGCAAAAGUGGGACUAUGAAUUAAAACGCAGGUAAAAUUCAAUUUAAAUACACAUUCAAUAUGAUAUUGGCCAAAGUUAUGAGCGGUCGCAACUGUUUGAGCAUCCCACAAACAUAACCUAUAUUAUAUGAACUCCCGGCAACAUUAUAGUAUCAUAUAAUAUCACAUGAAUACACCGACUUCCGUGUAUGAACUAGAAAAUGCACAUGGCUGAUUAAGUACUUGACUAUGGAGACAUCCAUGCGUGAAUUUACCAUGACGGAGUUAAUUUUACUUUGUACUGUUCUUAGUGUUAUGCCGUCCUUAUACUACAGUGUAAAGGUACAAACGCAGUGCGGACCAGUGGAUGGAAUUCAAACUGAUGGAGUAAAUAGUUUCCGAGGUAUUCCGUAUGCUUUGCCGCCUGUCGGACGAUUAAGAUGGAAGCCGCCAGUUGAACUCAGUCCAGAGAAGGGAAACUGCUGGAACGGAACUCUACUGGCGCACAAAUAUGGAAACACGUGUUUUCAAAUAAGUUUUACAGAUCCAAAACGGCAGCAGUUGCUUGGAAGCGAGGAUUGUUUAUACCUAAAUGUUAUAUCACCAUCACUGAACCCGACUGCCCUUAAACCCGUUAUGGUAUGGAUACAUGGUGGAUAUUUGCAAUGCUUAAAUGGCAACUGGCCGCUGUAUAUGCCUACAGAAAAGCUGGCGAAGGAAACCGAUACCGUAAUUGUAGGAUUUAAUUAUCGACUGCAUGCAUUCGGCUUCAUGGCUCUUCAAGUGUUGGCUGACCAGUCGCCGACGAAUACAUCGGGAAAUUACGGAUUCAUGGAUAUGAUUGCAGUUUUGAAAUGGGUACAGUCUAACAUCAAAAACUUUGGUGGAGAUCCGAACCGGGUGACUGUAUUUGGUCAGAGCUCUGGAGGAACUUCAAUAUUUGCUUUGUUAUCUUCCCCUUUUUGUAAGGGCCUCUUUCAAAGAGCAUGGAUGUUAUCGGGAUCACCCAUAUUGAACAAGACUGCCAACGAUGCUUUCAAAGACAAUGAAAUAUUCUUGAAAAACACCAAUUGUACCGAUAUUAACUGUUUAUAUUCACUUUCGUCUACUGAAGUGACCUUUGCAGUCCCUUGGACAUCUUAUCCAUACUGGGCAAUGACAGAUCAAGGAGAUUUACCACGGAACGGCUACUUUGAUGGAGCGCUUGCAAUUGUUGAUGGAGUUGUGCUUACUGAGGCACCGUUUGAAGCUUGGUCACAUGGAAAGAUGGUUGACGUUCCUCUACUCAUAGGUUCUUGCGCAAACGAAAUUGACAGUGACCCCACUGACAAGUCGAUCAAUAAUUGGACAUGGACACAAUACGAAGACCACGUGAAGCAGUAUCUAGGAACAUUUGGUGGUAAUAUCGCGAACAUAGCUCUUAAAUUAUACCCACCUAACCUUAUUUCACCGGAAUUCCAAUUUACAAGUAUGGCAAGUGAUUUACGAAUGAAUUGUCCAACCGAUGUAUUGUCUCUGCACGCGGCUUCCGCAUUUACGUCGCCAGUAUAUCGUUACGUUGUGACAUCAACUCCGUCGUCCCCAGUUUUUGCUGUAGGAAUUCCCUUUCCAGCGACGUAUUCAUUUCACCUUUGGGAUGUGUUUGCAUUCUUUGGAUUUAUACCAGACUACAUAAAGCACCCAACAGACUUUAAUAUAGAAUGGCAACGUAAUGUUAAACAAGAAGUGAUGACCUUUGUAAGAACAGGGAAACCAUCAACAUUUUCUUGGAAACCGUUUCCUUUUGUGACAGCCAGUUUGUCGCAUACAACAGAGGCAAUAACCGCCUAUCAUCCAGUUCAGUGUGACUUCUGGCUGAAAAAUGGAUUUUUUGACUAUGCGUGGAUAAAUUAAUUCGGAAUUAUUGCCAAUUUGAAAACACAUUUAUUGAAGAAAAAAUACAUGAAAUAUUUUAUGACUUAUACAUUUGCUACUUCACGGAAACUCUUUCUUAAGAUUUUUUUAAAUGUUACGCAGUUCAGUGCUGCACUAUAUUCUAUAAAGUUUUUAAUCAGACUGCUUAAGAACUUUAUAGAAUAUAGUGCAGCAUUAAGCACCUCUUCUUGUCUUGCUAAAAGUCUUUACCUAAGCCGAUUACUUCGUGACUAAAUAUUCUGUUUACAUCAGUAUUUAUAAAUAAAGAACGUAAUAUUUUGAGCAGACCUGUGGUAAUUGAAAAUGUAAUUAUAAUUAAUUGUAAUUUAAUUAUAUUUCCAGAUUAAUUGAAUGUUAUUUGUAAAUGAAGAUUUUUUUACAAUUACAUUUAAUUGUGUUUAAUUAAUUACAAUGCAAUGUUGGGAUGUAAUUGACAAUUAAAUACACUAAUUCAGUAAACUCAACUAAGAUAAUAGAAAUUUAUUAUACCAGUGACAACUGUAAAAACAUGCUAAGUUCCAUUUCAUAGCAGUGAAAAAAACAAAAUAUAAUAAUUAUUAUGGGCAGCCUUAAUCCCCAUGACCUGGCUCCUUUUGUCCUUAUAAAUUUGUUUUCUCACUUUUUACUGACGAACCCCCCCCCCCCCCCCCCCCCCCCCCACCAGAUAUCUGGGAAUUUUAAGCCAACUGCAAGCACUGCUUAAGUGAAAUAAGUGACAGUAUAAAUGUAACUUUGUGAAACAUAUACGGGUUAGUGCAAAUUCAUUUGAUUUUGUGCCAGUUGGAAAUGAAAACAAUUUUGUCAAUGAUACCUAUAUAAUACCUGCUUAAUACCAAAACAGUAUUCACUCCACCUCAAUGAAUUUAUUUUACAGUAAAAAGAGAGUACUAAAUUUCAGUCCUUUCCAAUAUUAACUCUAAAAUUUAGAAGACAUUAUAUCAUAAAUUUUGAAAAAGACAUAUCAUAAAACUGGACUUGUUAAAAAGUAUUUAUAUUUUAAAAGAAAGCACCGUAAUCUGUUAGUAGAUACAUCAAAGAAGUGUGAUAAACCAGCUGCAGACCAAAAACAGGUUACUGAUUGUUUGGCAGGAAUCAACAAAUACUCUCCAUUAGAUCAAAGACAAACAAUGAUAGCAGAUGCACUGGUGUCUUCCAUUGCUGGAGAUCUUAUUCCACUUUCAGUGGUUGAAAGUCAGUACUUCAAAAAUCUAAUGGACAAGCCAAAUACGAAAUGCCAGGUGCCCAGUCGAAAAUAUCUGACAUCAAACUCAUCCAAGAAAAAUGUACAGAUGUUCAAGGUCAGAUCAAAAGACAGCUUAAAUCUGCAUAGAGUAUGUGUUUAACACUAGAUCUAUCGGCAAAUGAGAGCUUUCCUAGGUGUCACUGGACAUUUCAUUCAGGACUGGCAGUUAAAUCUGUUAUGUUAGCCUGCUCUAGGUUAAAAGGCAGACAUACUGCAGAAAAAAAGAAUAUAAGGAGACCAUUGCUUGCUUUAAAAUCGGAUGUGAGAGUUCAAAUGUUGUCACUGACAAUGCAGAUAACAUGAUCAAAGCUUUCAACAUUUCUGUGCCAGACUUUGAAACUUUUGAUCAUUUGCCUACGCGCUAAUGCGCCUUUGUUACAGCUUGCUAUUAAAGAUGGUCUGUGUGAAUAUGGAAAUCAUUUAAAAACUUGAUUUCAAAGGUCUCCAGUAUUUUCAGUUCUGUUAGAAAAUCUGCACUUGCAUCGGAAAUUCAGUCAGAAGAGAAACGUUUACACGCAACUAAUACUACACGUUUGAAUUCUCAGAUUUAUAUGCUGGAGUCAGUUUUACAGUGUUUGAAGAAAAACUGAAGUCUGGAUUAUCCUCAUAAGCUGAUAUAUUAUGAACGAAAAAUUAUGGAAAAAAAUAUGUGCAAUCCUCAAGUCCUUGGAAGAAGCAGCAUUGGAGGUUCAAAAAGAAAAGACAGUUAGCCUAGUGCAAGUUUGACUGCAACUUUGUGUGUAUCACUAUAAACACAACUAAAACUAUGGCAAGCACAUACAACACAAAAAUGGUCAUAACACUGAGGGCAUCACUCAAAAGGACUCAAAAUACGAGGAAAAUGAAGAUUAUAUUCUUGCCACAAGUUUGGAUCCACGAUUUAAGUUGUCAUGGUGCAAAUUUGAUUGUGAAAGAGAACAGCACAUCACCACCCUGAAAAUGAAAUCCAGCACAGUUAAUAUGUCCGCUGAAGCUGACUCAUCACCACAGAAGCUUCAAAGACCUGCUACUGACAUCUUUAGUUUUUUAACCAAGACACCAUACCUAGAACUAGUAAUGAAACUGAUAUAUCUGGCUGAUGAUACAAUGGAAUUUUCUGAAGCCCUCUUCAGUACUGGGAACUUUACUCUGACAAAUCCCCUGCUUUGAGCAAACUGGCUCUGACUUACGUAGCUAUUCCAUCUUCCUCAGAACCUGUGAAAAGGCUUUUCACCAUUGGUGGUAAAAUACUUCGAGCUGAGAGUUGCUUCUAACUGACAAGAACUUUGAAACCCUGUUGUUUCUAAAGUGCAACAAUUCCAUAGAGAGAGAGUUUAGAGCAAUUAUGCAUAACCUGUGUAUAUCAGAAAACAUUUCAUCCACUUGUGAGACUUCAGUGUGUAUCAUAAAAUCUGGAAAAAAAACAUGAUGAUUCACCAUUUACACCAUUUACACUACUUGUUGAAUAUAACCUGAGUAAAUUGACUUGCAUAAUGUAUUUUUUGAAAUUAUAAAAGUUGUAUAUGUAGCUUUUUUGUUUGUAAUUGAAAUGUAAUUAAUUACAUUAGACAAUGAAAACAUGUGUAAUUAGUUUCCCAAAACGACUGUAAUUGUAAUUUAAUUGAUUUAAAUGUCAAGUAAUUGUAAUAUAAUUAAUUACAUAAAAAAGUAAUUGACCUAAGGUCCGACUUUUAAAAAUAAUUAUUCAAUCAACCGAGACCAAGUUGUUUCAUAGUUUGUCUUGGUACCUUUGGAUAUACGUUAAAUUAUAAAUACAUUUAGUGCUGUACAUGUA